AUGGCAGGCUAUCCAGGUGAGUCUAUACCUGGCCUAGUUCGUGAACUAGGAGGGCAAGAUGGAGCACUCACUUUCGAUGAGGCUGUUGGUCAAGUAGCAGGUCAAAAACUCAAAGGACCAGAGACACGACCCAUCAAGUGCGAUCGUCCCGUGGGAACAGUGUCGGUUGGGGAUUUGCCUGUACGUUUCAUAGACACAACUUGCGGCAAGUUGGAGCAAUUUUGCGAUGCGGUACAGCACGUCAAAUUCAACAUGACGCAAGAGUUCUUCGACAACACCAUCUACAGGGAGUGUUUGACGUCCAACUACAAAGGGCUUCCAGAACCAUUUCGCCUACGCCACGAGCCGAAGGUUCCCUAUACUAUGCAGCUCGUGAUUCUACCUGCCAGCAAGCCAGAAGAAGCACCGGCUGAUGAUCAAGACACGUAUUUCCAUGUGCUCAAACACGUGUACCUCCAUCGCAACAAAAUCCUGGGAAAGGAAUGCAGCGACAUGUGUUACGGAAUUGCUCUUCGUUUCGUGUGGGGGGCACACACGCGACCUGCCCUCAUGGCACUCAACCACAUGAUAGACAACAUGGGAGGCAAGCAAAUCCGACAUUGGCUUAUCCAACCCAAGUUCGAAAAGAAAGUGACGGUCGAUCAGUCCGCUCGCGAUGCCGGGUACAAAUUCAUUCGUGAGAAGGGGCCGAAAUCCAACAAUAUGAACCAGUUCAUGGAGUGGACCGACGCGGAAAUCCACACAGCUGGUAGCCCUAUCGAAGGUUGGGUGGAAAGCAAGGUCGUGGCAGCCUUGCACAACCACAUGAAGGGCAGGCAGAAUGCCAAAACUUUAGAGUACUGGCCAUUCACCUUAAGGAGCUUCGUGGGUUGGUUCUUCGACCUCGUCAUGGUUCCCAUGCUAGGGUCUAUCAGGCAACACGCAAUCACAUGGAUUGGAAGAACUCGGACUGGAAAGUCUUUCGGGUCGAAAACUGUAGCCUUUUGCCAGUCCAAGUUCGAGAUUGAUGCGGCGGACCGUGAAGAUCUUACCCCAUCCAUUUUGACCGCUAAGCAUCUGGACUUUUUCAAGUCCGAACCUCUCACCAAGUUUAAACCAGGCAUCUUUGACGAUGGAAUGCUCCAGAAGAUGGACUCAUCCUUCCUGAAAGCUUUCCUGAAUCCGUCCGAGGAAGAUGCCACGGUUUGGGCUAGGUACUCCUCGGCCUAUUUCGAGCAGGGUGCAGGUCGUCAAGCGUGCAACAACCCGUAUGAUCGAAGAAAGGAUGAGGAGAUGUACAAGAACAUGCGUUCUUCCAAGCUCUUUGAAAUCAAGCAUGAGUCUUUCACGACACUCAUCAAUCCAUCAUUUGAGAGCAUUGACAACGCGGAGGACAUGGAUGCAAUCCUUGCCCGCACUCACUUAAUUGUCAUCACAGACAGUGGCGUGUAUUGGCGAGUAGCAGGAAAUCACACAUCCAAUGUGAAGUUCAUUGAAUGGCCUCACGGAGAACCCAAGGACCUCCUUGCCCCGUCACAGCAAGCAAUCUUUCAAGCAUACCGGCGGGAUCCUCACAACCACAAACUCCCAGAAAGCUUCCACGCAGAUAUGGUGUGGUCUCAGGAAGUACUCAGCAGGUUGUUUCGAGGGGAGACGUUGCCUCGCACGAUAACUAUGACAGGUCGCAGUUUGUUCGGAGGAGAUCCCAUGCCUCCUACACAAAUUCCCCCCCGCAUCAUGGACGACGCCCAGGCCAAAGCUAGGAUCAAGAAGGAAAAGGUGGCUGCAGUCUUUCGAGGCCUCAAGCGAACAGGUCCACUUCAAAUCGAAUUGGAUUCCCCAAGCCCUGAGCAGAAACGUCACAGAGAUCAGACUGUCGCAGCAGAGGCGUCUACAGCAAGUUCUACAGCUAGGGCUUCAACAGAUGCAGCUCCAAAGAAGAGUGAUGUACCCAAUCCAGAGUUUCCAGGUCUUGAUCUCUCGCAAGAAUCGGGUCAUGCAAACGGGUUUCCAGCGGUAGGCGAGGAAGAAGAUGUUUUCAGGGAAAAGGAUAUUCAAGAGGAUGACUUAGAGAAGGAGCUAGAGAGACUCAUGGAUGAGACGGUGAACUCACAGAACACAGACGCACAUGAUUUAUCAGGAGGCACUCAGCAGGAGGGCAUAUUCCGAAACGUUUGCGGGGUGAAGGUUUUGCAGUGGUUCGGGCUACCUGUGACACUGCACUAUCAUGGUCCCCAUCGAGUGUCAGAGCUCAACAGCAUGAUCGAGAACUUUCACGUACAGUUUACACCAGUUUCUCCAAAGUAUGUAGGCGUUGAUGGCAUGUACCUGUGUCACCGGGAUGAUCAUUUCACUGGGAUCUGGUGUCGUGAGGGGUUCGUUCGGUGUUACGACAAUGGAGAUGAACGUGUCAUGAGCAUGGGUGAGUUGAACAGUUUGGCGGAAGCACCUCGAGUCACUAUCUUUCGUCUUUUGCAGCGGCAAAAUGUCAAACUCAAUGCCGCCACUGACGUGGUUGGAGGUUCAGGAGGCGUAUGCAAACGACCUGCUGCUUGUGAUCCGGUCCCAGUCUUGACAUGUCCUCUUACUCACUGUGUUGUCCCGGGUUGCACGGGUACCCUCAUGGACAAGCAUGACAUUGAAGCUAUUUGCUAUGACAUGCCUGGUCCUCGAAAGGUGGUUUGCAAAUCGAAGGAAUGCACGUCAAGGAAUUGUCGAGCCAACUACUCCUACAACUUUCGGUGGAGCAAAGGGAAGAAGAUCAAUGUUCUUCGCUCAAAUGACCUCGCAGACGGUGUCCUGUUCGUGAACUCAAAAAAGUGUUUCUCGCUGACCUUUUUGAAGUACCAUGAGGAGCUUUUGUUUAGAGGCCAAGUCUCUUCCCGAGCCAUCGAGCAUGCGUACAAAAGCAUUCACGCAGACAACGCUGACGAGGUGGAAGUGAUCGUCGAUUUCCGUAAGUGUUACCAAAGUGCUCUUUUCUACUUCAUCGCUCUGAGGGAGUUCGAGGGGUUGGGUUCGCACAUGUCCCUUGUGAUUGACGAUGAAAUCAACACCUCGAAUCUUGAGAUGUAUCAAGCCUUUUGUCACUCCAGCGUUUUCCCACCAAGCAAGCGAGCAAAUGUGAAAUUCCUAGUGGGAGACGGUCAUCUCAGCCUAAAGCCACGAUGUGCAGAUGGCCCUGUGAAACGAGCUGGGCGCCCACGCUCAAAGUCCAAGGCCAUUGCCAAGUACAGCAAUGGGUGGUUCAUGUGCUGUGAUCCUCGAAGUGGUCGCAUUCUAUCUCUCACUGUCAUGCAUGAGCCCGAGAACAAUCGCCACGUCAUUGAGGCCUUGGAAGAUAUCGUUUGGCUUUAUCCCAAGUUGACCUCAUUUGUGUAUGACCGUGCGUGCGGGCUCAUCAAGUCUGCUGAGAAAUCGGAACACUUGCACCAGAUCGAGAAUUACAUCGUCGAUUGGUUUCACGCUUACCGGCAUUCCAAGAAGUGUUCCUGCAAUCCACGUGAAUCGAAUUAA